AUGCUCGAUAUUUUAACACGAGCUGUUAUCAAAAAUCAAGAUCUUAGGAUAACAAAAUUAUUUGAUGAAAAUGAUGAUGUAAUUGAUCAUUUAUAUAGAGUUCCAUGUCCAUUGACUGACGGUCGAAUUAAUUUACGAGGAUAUGAUCAACCAAUUGAAUCAAAUAUACCAUGUCGACAUCAUAAAAUUCCAUUUAGUGCAUUAAAAUCUCAUUUUCGACAUUAUCAUCAUGUUUCUGAUGCAUUUGCACAAGAUCUAUUUGAUUGA